CAGGAGGAAGUUAGUAUCACUGUUAUAACGGACAAGGAAAGACAAGUUUCUCGGUUAAAGGCUGUGAACUACAGGAGCCGUCGUAGGAGUGCAGGGUUAAGAGGUUCUCAUAGCCAUCUGCUCAGUUUUCUGCUGCAUCUGGAGAGAUGAAAGCGUUGGUCAUUCUGUUGUCGCUGUGCAUGACCGUGCAGGCCUUACGGAGGAUCACUCUGAAGAAAAUGCCCACCAUUCGAGAGACUCUUAAGGAGACAGGGGUCACACCGGCAGAAGUCUUCACUGUACUUGCACCAAAGUUGGAUGCCAGUCAUUCACUUCAGAAUGGCACGGCCCCAACGCCUUUAACCAACUAUCUGGAUUCUCAGUACUAUGGGGAGAUUAGUAUAGGAACACCAGCACAGCUGUUCGACGUUGUGUUUGAUACUGGUUCUGCCAACCUUUGGGUUCCUUCACAGAGCUGUUCUCCACUAUACACUGCAUGCUUUACUCAUAACAGAUACGAUUCUUCGAAAUCUCACACACAUAUUCAAAACGGAACAGGAUUCUUCAUCCAGUAUGCUUCUGGGAGCGUCCGGGGAUUUCUGAGCGAGGAUGUAGUUGUGGUCAGUGGUAUCCCGGUGGUGCAAGUGUUUGCAGAGGCCACAGCUCUCCCAGCCAUCCCAUUCAUCUUUGCAAAGUUUGAUGGUGUGCUGGGAAUGGGUUAUCCAGAGACAGCUAUUGAUGGCAUCACACCAGUGUUUGAUCGUAUUAUGUCUCAGGGAGUGUUAAAAGAGGACAUUUUCUCUGUAUAUUAUAGCAGAGACCAAGAACGCACUCCCGGUGGAGAACUGUUGUUGGGCGGCACAGAUCCAAAUUACUACACAGGAUCCUUCAACUAUGUCAACACCAAUGGCAAGGGCAAGUGGGCGGUCAUUAUGAAAGGGGUAUCUGUGGGUGAAGAGACGUUGUUCUGUACAGAAGGCUGUAAUACUAUGAUUGACACAGGCUCCUCCUACAUCACUGGCCCCGCCUCUUCUGUCUCCCUUCUCAUGAAGACGAUCGGUGCUGUGGAGCUGGAAGAGGGAGGAUAUACUGUGAACUGUGACCUGGUGAUGUCCUUACCCAGUGUGACCUUUCACCUUGGUGAUCAGGAGUAUCCUCUGACACAGGAAGACUAUAUUCUCUGGCAGUCACAGUUUGGGGUGGACUUUUGCACUGUGACAUUCAGAGAACUGGACCUCCCACCUCCUGCUGGUCCUCUCUGGAUACUGGGGGCUAAAUUCAUUGCCCGAUAUUACACAGUUUUUGACCGUACUAACAACCGCAUUGGCUUUGCUCAAGCAGUGUGACACUCUCCAGGGCAUUACAGAUAUUAUUAUAGCGUAACAUACCAUACCUUACCAUAUCACACAAUACCAUAUCCUACCACACCUUAUAUUAUCACACCACACCAUAUCACAUCCUACCAUAGCCUACUAGACCCUACCACACCACAUCACAUCCUACCCCACAUAAUACCACACCCUACCAUACUACACCAUAUCACAUCCUACCUCACCCUACCUCACCACAACAUACCAUGCCCUAUUACACCUGACUAUACCAUGCCAUAACACACCCUACCCCACCCUACUACACCACACCAUACCACAACCUACCAUAUCACACCCACCACACCCUACUAUACCACACCCUACCACAGCUUUCUAUGUCAUAUGAUACCACAUCAUAUCACAUCCUACCCCUCCCUGCUACACCGCACCAUACCACACCCUACAACCCAUGCCAUGCCACACCCUACAACCCACACCAUGCCACACCCUAUAUCAGACCAUACGACACCACACCUUUCCAUAUCACACCAUACCCUACCCAACCAUUCCAUUCUGUACUAUUCCACACCAUACAAUACCUUACCCUAAUACACCAAACCAUACCACACCCUUUGAUGCCACAUUAUAUCAUACAACACCCAACACUUUCAUAUUAUCCUACUAAUAUCACAAUCCUUAUCAUGGCAUAAGACACCAGCACACCAUACCAUAACACACCGCCAUACCAUACUACACUACAUCAUCAUACCACACCAUAAAACAACACACCAGCCAUUAUCACAUUGACAGAUGCUGCUUUUAUACCACAGACCUGAAGAAUUCUCACAUAUAUGAUUGUUCUGACCAAACACCAAGAUUGUAAAAAAAAAAUCCUUUUUCCUGCUCAGCUGUAAAGAUGGAUUGGGUUUUGCUUGACCUGUAAUUAGAUUUAGACGAAAUUCCUUCUUAGUUUCAGAAUGAACUUUUCCACCCACUUACAGACAAUGCAGUGCUUUGAUAGAAAGCCCCAAACUGUGCACUCAGAAAGAAAAGGAAAUACCUUUUCAACACUUUCUUUUUUAGCAGUUUCAGAUAAGCAAUUUUUUUGUUCUUGCCACACAAGGUCUGUCUGGGUGUCAGUAUCCCAAAAGCAUUUUGACUGAUAGCAUCUAAAUCUGCACAUACAGUUUUAUAUAUUUAUAUGUGUUUCUGUCAGAACAUAUAUCAAAAAAACAUUUGGAAACUAUCUAAAUGAGAUUCCAACUUUUUAUUUUAGCACAGGCCAGGUUAAAUAAGACACAAACCUUUGAGUGAUCUGAGUGAAAAUGCCCCACUGAUGCUCUAAAACACUGCAAUAGUGUUUAGGCCAACUUAAUUUCUGGCAGAAGCUAGUGCACACUUUUAGUACCAGCAAUUUUUCUAUAUACUAUACUUCACUAUACACAAAACGUAGUUACUCUCAGUUACUGUUACAGAUCUUUGGUAUAUCUGUAAACAUUUUAAUUAAUUUCCUUUCAUGAAUGGCUAUUUGCUAGUUUGCACUUUAAACGGGGCCGUACUUUAUUAUAAACCUCUGCUCGCCCUAGCACAGGCUUUUUGGCAUUGCUUUUCAUAUGGUCCUUAUUUGAAAUAUUAUUCUUAUUUGUACUGUAUUUGUUCCAUCUCUUUUUGCUCUCAUUAGCCCUUCUGCUUUAUUCAUUUAAGGAUGUUUAAUCAGUUCAUUUCACUGUUCUACUGUGAUUUAUUUCCUUUACUGUAGUAAUAAAGAGAGGAACUGACUGACUGCAUUGCGAUUCAA